CUGCCUGGGAGGACCCUUUCACUGCCUCCUUCCAGUGCAUUCUGUGUGUUUGAUGUGACCCCAUCCCUCCCUCCCUCCAUAGGAAGGCACACAUCCAGGGGACUGAUGGAGACAUUGUACAGGAUGGACAGCUGACCUGCAUGCACAGGGACCUGACAUGUAACAGUUCCAGACUGUGGAAGGUUUAAAGGGUCCCUCUUUUCUGAAAUACCAAGGGGAAUUUGAAGACGUUUUAUUGGAUGGGAUCUGUAUCUCAUCAAAUAAUUACGAUAUUGAGACUGGUAAACUCUACAGGUUAUAAAGAUGACUCACUUACAAGCUGGAUUCAGUCAAGAGACGAUAGAAAAAGCCAGAUUGGAAUUAAAUGAGAAUCCAGACACUUUACAUCAGGAUAUCCAACAGGUUAGAGACAUGAUAAUCACUAGACCAGAUAUUGGUUUUCUACGGACAGAUGAUGCAUUCAUCUUAAGGUUUUUAAGAGCUAGGAAGUUCAACCAGAUGGAAGCAUUCCGACUUCUCGCCCAGUAUUUCCAGUAUCGCCAACUUAACUUGGACAUGUUCAAAAACCUUAAAGCAGAUGAUCCCGGGAUUAAAAGAGCUCUUAUGGAUGGCUUUCCAGGUGUGCUUGACUCUCGUGACCACUAUGGACGGAAGAUUCUUCUACUUUUUGCAGCCAACUGGGACCAGAGUAGGAACUCCUUUGUGGACAUCUUACGCGCCAUUCUCCUCUCACUAGAAGUUCUUAUUGAAGAUCCUGAGCUUCAGGUCAAUGGAUUUAUUCUAAUCAUAGACUGGAGCAAUUUUUCCUUCAAGCAAGCCUCCAAGCUCACCCCUUCGAUUCUCAGGCUGGCCAUCGAAGGCUUGCAGGACAGUUUUCCAGCCCGUUUCGGAGGUGUUCAUUUUGUCAAUCAGCCUUGGUACAUCCAUGCUUUGUAUACAAUAAUUAAGCCGUUCCUUAAAGACAAGACCCGGAAAAGGAUUUUUCUUCAUGGGAACAAUUUGAACAGUCUGCACCAACUAAUCCACCCAGAAUGUUUGCCAUCUGAAUUUGGCGGAACCCUUCCACCUUAUGACAUGGGCACCUGGGCUAGGACAUUGCUUGGUUCUGAUUACAAUGAUGACAAUGAGUACACUCACACAUCGUACAACGCUAUGCACGUGAAGUAUGCACCUACCAAUAUACAAACAGAGUGUUCUCCGAAAUACAUGAAAAGGUCCCAGUCAGUGGUAGAGCCUGGCACGCUGGUGCACGCGGACCGCAGAGAUAAUGAGAACACCCAGCCGCUUCUUGCCCUGGAUUGAUCCCCCAGCAUCAUUGCAGUCACUGUAGAUCUCACCGAUGGAUCUUUUUUUUUGUUUUUUUUCUCACUCUGCAGAAUAUUCACCAGCUACGCGCACACGGUGUCACUGUGCAAAGACCUAUUUAAUUUCAUAACCAUAGUGCCAAUAAACAGGAUCAACUUUAUAAA